GCUUUAUUUCGGAAAGUGACAAAGAUUCUGUUUAUUUGAUUCAUCUAUUAUGUAGUUUCAAAGGCAGCAUACAACUAUGUUGAUAUACCAAGGCUCUAACAAAUUAAAUCUUUAUGAAGUAGGUAACAGGGCAGUUGUAGGGCCGGCCGUGACUAAUCACCGAUUUUCUAAGGCGGGUCCUGUGCCUGCGCAUGUUUUGUGCACCACGCACUCGUAUAAAAGCGAUGCGUGUGCACCCCACAGUAUUCACAGCUCUCGAGGCGUCCACCGCAGGUUCAACAUGAAGGUCGUAAUCCUGGCUGCAGUAUUAGUGGCGUGCAGGAGCGCUGCUGGCGUAGUGCCUAUAGCGUCUCCAUACGGACAUGCUCCCCUGGCGUACACGCGGCCCUACGGCAUAGCGGCGCCCCUGGUGGCCAGGCCAGCGUACGCGGCUCCGUACGCCGUUGGUCCCGCCAUCGCCAAAGUAGCUGCUCCUGUGGAAGAGUACGACCCCAAUCCUCAAUAUUCGUACGCGUAUGAUAUUCAGGAUGCUUUGACCGGUGACUCGAAGAGCCAACAGGAGAGCCGCUCCGGUGACGUGGUACAGGGCUCCUACUCUUUGGUUGAGCCCGACGGCACGAGGCGCGUGGUCGAGUACACCGCCGACCCCCACAACGGAUUCAAUGCUGUAGUCCACAAGGAACCCGUUGGUGGCGUCGUCAAAGCCGUAGCCGCACCUGCAUACCUCCACUAGUCGCAACGUCCCUACCAACAACAGCUUACCCGGACCUUUUUAAAAUAAGAACAGACAGGUAAUAGAAGAGGAUCUCUAUUCCUUUUGUACUCGAAACGUAAUGGGAUAAGAAUGUCAGUCGAAGAUUUUUAACAUGAAAAGGGGAAAAGUAAUUUUUAGCAGUUGGCGUGGUAGUGGGUGUAUGGAUGUCAAAACGCAAAUCUGAGUCCGUGUAAGCUGAAACAUUUCGUUCGUUUGUGUGACUUGAACCACGUUGAUGUAAUUUAUGUAUUUAUGUACCUAUUGUUGUAUGUUAAUGUUAAAGCUAAGGUAAUAAAUAAGGAGAACCGAAAUUUGUGUGAUUUCUUUUAUUCUAUGUAAUAGCACCUUUGAUACUUUUUGAUGCACAUGAAAUAUUGUGAAGACAGAAAGGAGAAAAGGAGUAUCCACAAUUUAUUAUUCAAUAAAUUACAGAAGCCUACCGACUACCGUUAAAUAGUAAAAACAUAAUUAAGUGUGUUGGCAUGACAACGAUUAAAUUGAAAGAUAAUAAAAAAACAAUCCUUA